GUGCACCCCUUCACUGCCUGCACAUUCAUUCAACCUGCAGGUCUCUCUCUGCUUUAGGAUCUCUGCAGCACAAUGGUGAAACUCCAGUUUCCAAACUCUGGAUUGGAAGACAGGAUAAUUUCCCAUGAAGAACUGGAACGGAGAGAAAAAGAAGAAGUGGACGACAGGCCGAAAUGGGACAACAAAGCCCAGUACAUGUUAACUUGUGUGGGCUUUUGUGUGGGAUUAGGAAAUGUGUGGCGCUUUCCCUAUCUCUGCCAGAGUCAUGGAGGAGGUGCCUUUAUGAUCCCUUUUCUCAUCCUUCUUGUCCUUGAGGGUAUCCCACUGCUGCAUCUGGAAUUCGCCAUUGGACAAAGACUCAGGAAAGGCAGCUUGGGUAUAUGGAAUACUAUUCAUCCAUACAUGGGGGGUGUUGGUAUAGCUUCUAUGCUUGUGUCCUUCUUUGUGGGAUUAUACUAUAACACAAUUAUUGCCUGGGUUAUGUGGUACUUCUUCAACUCCUUUCAAGAGCCAUUGCCAUGGGCUAACUGUCCGCUGAAUGAAAAUAGAACAGGCUAUGUUGAUGAAUGCGCAAAGAGUAGCCCAGUAGAUUAUUACUGGUACAGAGAGACUUUGAACAUCUCUACUGGGAUUAAUGACUCUGGUGGAGUUCAGUGGUGGAUGCUGCUGUGUCUCAUCUGUGCCUGGGGUGUUGUCUAUGUGUCUACAAUCAGAGGCAUUGAAACCACUGGAAAGGCUGUCUAUGUAACUUCUACACUCCCAUAUUUGGUGCUUACUAUUUUCCUGAUUCGUGGAUUAACCCUGAAAGGAUCUGUCGAUGGAAUAAUAUAUCUCUUCACACCAGACGUUGCAGAGUUGGCAAACCCAGUGACUUGGCUAGAUGCAGGAGCUCAAGUUUUCUACUCAUUUUCCCUGGCCUUUGGUGGACUUAUUUCCUUCUCAAGUUACAACUCAGUUCACAACAACUGUGAACAGGAUGCUGUUAUCAUUUCAAUUAUAAAUGGCUUAACUUCUGUUUAUGCUGCUACUGUAAUUUAUACCAUCAUUGGAUUCCGUGCCACAGAGAGAUAUGAUGAAUGCUUUGAUGCAAAUAUUUUGGCCUUGAUGAAUACAUUUGAAAUCCCAGAAGGCAAUAUAACACAGGGCAAUUAUAACGAAGUCUUACAUCACUACAACAGCACCAGUCCUGAUAUCAUUGCACAACUUAAUCUCAAGACAUGUGACCUGGAGUCUUUUCUGUCCGACGGUGUUGAAGGAACUGGUCUGGCUUUCAUUGUAUUCACAGAAGCUAUUACAAAAAUGCCAAUUUCACCACUGUGGUCUGUUCUCUUCUUUAUCAUGCUGUUCUGUUUGGGUCUCUCGUCUAUGUUUGGCAACAUUGAAGGUGUCCUUGUGCCCUUACAAGAUUUAAAAGUGUUCCCUAAAUCAUGGCCUAAGGAAGUAAUCACAGGUUCAAUCUGUCUGUCUUCAUGUUUAAUUGCGAUAAUUUUUGUGAUGAGGUCUGGAGAUUAUUGGUUGGCUGUGUUCGACAGUUAUGCUGGAUCAAUCCCCCUGUUGAUCAUUGCAUUUUGUGAAAUGUUUUCAGUUGUAUACAUUUAUGGAAUUGACAGGUUUAAUAAUGACAUAAAAUUCAUGAUUGGGCACAAACCCAACAUCUUCUGGCAAGCCACCUGGAGAGUUAUCAGCCCUGUUAUAAUGUUGGCCAUCUUCCUGUUUUAUUUUGUGGUCAAAGUGAAUCAAAAACUCUUAUAUAUUACGUGGGAUCCAGAAUAUGAGGAGUUCCCCAAACUAGAAGAGAAGCAAUAUCCUGAUUUUGUGUAUGCUGUCAUCGUUGUUUUAGCUGGUGUGCCCAGCUUAUUUAUUCCAGGCCUUGGUUUAUACAGAUUCUUCCGAAAUCUCUGUAAAAAAGGUGAUGACACCAAAGAACUGAUGGGUUCCAGUUCUGUAGCAACCUUAAAUGGAGACAUAAAACAUGAAGUAUAAAUAGCCUUGCCCACUGUUUGGGGAGAAAUAUUGGAAAAAUCACCAACAGCCAUCACCGAGAAACUGUUCAACAAGGAACUAAGUCUAACAGGUGCCUAAAACUGGGAGCAGUCCAACACCUCUUAACACCAUAUAUCAGCUAGGCUUAUAGCUUAGUGGCUGGCGUAGGACAGAGGAAUCAUAACGACAAUAUGGUUCAGCUAGGUGUAUGUGUCUGGUAUGUUUAUGAAAAGUAACUUCAUAUCUAAUAAUUGUGCAAUAAACCUAUUUAUCACACUAUUCUGCUUUAUGAAUUAUAUUUGUCAUACAAUGUUGCAGUAUAACUUGUCAGCAAAUUCCAAACAAUAAAUAAAUUCUUACAGAGCUAGGAACAAAUAUAAAAUACUUAUACUAUAUUUGUCUAGAAGAUACAAAAAGGACAUGAUUCUUAUUUUUUUUAUGUUUUAAGUACCAUUCUCAGCCCACUCCUGCAUAUAAAGUAUUUUAAUGUAGAAAAAGGCUGUCAAGUUUACCUGUUUCUUUUUUUCUGAAUGUGAAAAAUGGAAACUGUUAAAUAUUUAAAAGGUAACUGAAAGUUUUAACUGUUUAUUUUUUUUCUGAAUGUAAAAAAAUGGAAAUAUUUAAAAAAAAAGUAUUAUGUUUUGUUUCAUGCAUACAAAUUAAAGCUAAUUCCAAAAAAUGUGGAAAAUAUUGCAGAAGGGUAAAACAACAAACAGAGCAGCGGUAUGCUAUAAGGUGGUAGUAUUGUCUUGUUAUUGCUACUGCAUUCAUUUUUCAAGUAACCCAACAAUGCAUGUUUAAAUUUCAACUUAUUAGACAAACACACAUUCAAGCUGCGGUGGUGCAGCGGUAGCGUUGUUACCUCACAGCAAGAGGUUCUCCCGUUCGA